UCCGGUAUAUACCAAAAUGCUGCAAAAGACCAUUCAGGAUUUGGAUGCCUACAUUAAGGCAACAGCCGUCGUGUACGACCACUCCAACACCAAACUCGUCAGCAGGAAGACUAGAGUCAGCAGGCGUAGGAAGGAGGCGUUUCUUUCUGUGCUUCCAUACAGGAAACCGUCGUCUCAUCACCACUCCCAUGAGAGAAAGACAUCGUCAUCAUUGAUUACCCGGAAACCAAGAAGUAAACCUGCGAAAAAAAGUGUCAUCAGUAACCCGAAACAGAAGUUGAACAUCUCUGUCCAGACUCCCGAAAAUGCCAACGAUGAUGCACCACAGACGCUUAGCUUCCAACUGGAUCCGGAGACAUCCGUCCAAUCGCUAAAAGAACUCAUUGAAAAGCAGAUUGGUGUCGAGGCGCGGCGUCAGUGUCUGUACAUCCGGCGAAACUUUCAGCUCUUUGACUUACUCACCCUUGAGGAGAAUUGUGUCGACAAGGAUGAAAUCAUCUCUCUCCGUCUAUCUGAAGACGAUGAGAAUUGCGACGAUGUACCAAAAGAGAAAGCCGCCAUUGAUGAUGAGUACCUACAGGACUUGUCCUCAAAAAUCGAAUCAUCAUGGAAGGAACUGGCCAAACACCUAGGAUUUGAAGAAGCGGAAAUUGCAGCAAUCCAAACCACCAACGAAGGCAGCACUGAAGAGAGCCGUCACAUGCUGCUCACUUGGUGGGAAAAGACGACAGAUCGCGACGAAGCAGCUCAGAAGCUUAGACGAGCACUGGAGGCCAUCGGGUUGACUGAUUUGGACCAAAAUGUACCAGUAACGGGCUAUUCGAUAGACGAAGCAGCUGGACCCGAGCCAGAAAAGCGUCAAGAGGCAGGAGAAGACGAGGAGAGCAAACAAAACGGGGCGGCAUCAACCGAGGAAGAGAAACUGAAAAAGGAACAAGUUGGCAAUCAAGACAAACCUCGGCCUUUCAGUUUCAGAUACGUGCAAGUCUUCAUCCAAUGCCACGUGUCACACAAAGCAAAGACACUUUGUUUUCGAAUGAAUGCAGAGACUUCUGUCUUUACCUUGAAGCAUAUGAUAAACGAGAAAAUCAGUGUCCAGCCUCAACAACAACGACUGUACAUCCGAAGGAACUUUCGUAACUUUGAGCUUUGUAACUUGCUGACACUUCAAGAUUGUGGAAUUCAUCAGGAUGAGAACAUCUCACUCCGUCUGUCUACUGAUGGCCUACUGGGCGGUGGACCAAAAGACAAACACCUUGCUGAUGAUCAAUUCUUCCGGGACUUGGCUUCGAAAACUGAAUCAUGCUGGGAAGAAUUGGCCAAAUCCCUGAGAUAUGAAGAUGCAGCAAUUAAGCAAUUCCAAACCAUCUCCCAAGAAAACACAGAAAGGAGCCUACAGAUGCUGCUUUCUUGGUGGGGAAAGCAAACAAAUCGCGAGGAAGGAUUUCAGAGUUUGAGAGACGCGUUAAAUUCAAUCGGGCGUGCUGAACUGGCCCCGAUGAUCCCAUCAGAAGAGCAACAGAGGAUGAAACAGGAGGUACAAGUGGAAGGGGCCACAGAAUGGAGCAUGCAGGAAGAGACUACGAUACCUGAGGGGCAGAGACCGAGACAGGAGGACGUUGGUCAUCAAGACGAAGCUCAACCAGAGGUACAAGUGGGAGGGGCCAAAGAACGGAGCAUGCAGGAAGAGACUACGACAUCUGAGGGGCAGAGACCGAGACAGGAGGACGUUGGUCAUCGAGACAAACUGCAACCAGAGGUACAAGUGGAAGGGGCCACAGAACGGAGCAUGCAGGAAGAGACUACGACAUCUGAGGGGCAGAGACCGAGAAAGGAGGACGUUGGUCAUCUAGCCAAAUCUAAACCCGAGGCUCCAGUGGGGGUGACUGAGACAGAAUGCUAUUCCGUAAACAUUGAUACUAUUAAGGCUAAUCAUUCCAACGAUACUGUAAGGCAGUGCUUUGAGAUGUUAAGCACAUGGUGGAGAAAGCAGGACAAGUACCCAGAAGCAAGACAGACGUUGAAGAAGGCUCUGAUUGAUUCGGGCAGGAACGACUUGGUUCGAGACACAUCAGAGCGACGUCGUCACUCACAGAGACAGGGAGACGACAGUGAACAAGAGAUACCACCAAGCAUGCUUACUGCUUUGGCAGAAACGAGUGGGUCAAGUGCAAGGCAACAACAGCCAGGAAGCAGUACCACACAGGAGACUCGUGAUGAUCCAGCUCAACUUGCUGCGGAUAAGUGCGAAAAGGAGUUAAAAUAUAAAUAUACGACGACGGGUAGCUAUGUGCAGAUGCUUCCAUGGAUCGAUGACGACAAAAGACAUAUUAUGGACAUCUACACAAAGUUACAAUUAGAAAAAACGGAUGAUAAAGAUUUGAAGGUAGAGGUAAAAUCGUAUUUGGAUAUUUUUAAACUCAAAUCAAGAGAGGGACAUCCAGUUAUACGAGCAAUUUUAAGAGGAACUGCUGGUGUAGGUAAAACCACUCUUAUUGACAAAAUUGCUUACGAUUGGGCUUGUGGCACUGUUGACGUACUAAACAGGUAUAAGCUUGUUUUUGUGUUGAAAAUGCGAUCCCUGCAACAAAAGUCGGAUGUGAUUGACGCUUUGUUUGAUCAGUUACCAAACAAAAAUGCCAUAAAUAGGAAAGACUUGAAAUCCUUCAUUACAGCCAACCCUGAGGACGUGCUGUUUCUGUUGGAUGGUUUUGAUGAAUUUAAGUCCACCGAACUUGAUGAGACUGAGUUUGGUUCGAUCCUUAAUAUGCUUAAUCGAAAGGGAGAGUACGAAAAAUGCACUGUAUUUGUGACAACCCGCCCCUCACACUAUGACAAACUGGUAAAGAAUACCUUGAUUGAACAUCCGUUUGCUCUUGUGAAUGUGUUGGGGUUUAGCAAGGACGAUAUUAAGGAAUAUGUGGACAAAUUUUACUCACAAGAACUACCCAAAGCUAAUGGACUUCUUGAGAGGAUUACUUCAUCAGGUGUUCUGUCAGAUUUGGCGAAAAGUCCCAUGUUGUUGUUGUUGAUGUGUUUGUUAUGGAGAAAGAGUGUUACACUCCCCGACACUAGGUUCCGCCUGUAUCACAAGGCACUGCAUUACAUAUUUAAACGUAAGACACAAAUGUCAACAGGAGAAAUAUCGAGGCUUAUUAUUACACUUGGAAAGGUUGCUUUGGGUGGUUUACUUUCGUCUGAUCAAAAGCUAUCAUUUCAAGAGGAGGAUUUUGAGCUGGGUGUGCUUGAUAUGGCCAUACGAGCUGGCAUCCUCACCAGUGAGCGAGUCGUGAAUGGGAUAGACACUUUUAAAAGUGUUCAUUUCAUUCAUAAGACGUUCCAAGAAUUUUGCGCUGCGAUUUACUACAAAAGUUUAACAUCCGAAGGAGAAAGACGGCAAUUUGAGACGUUCUUUCGUGAAGUGUCUGAUACAGCAGGGUUUGAAUAUCUUCUGCCUUUUUGUUGCGGUGACAGCGAUGGGCCAAGUACAAAUUUAAUUUUGAAUAUUUUAUUGCAUAAAGUCGGAUGUGCAGGAGAUCUGGAUGAUAAAAACUUACAAAUAGCCCUGAAUUGUAACUUUGAGAGCCAGAGCCUGACUUUGCCACCAAUGGAGUUAAUUAACUCUGUUAUUGCUCCAAAUGUCAAGGUACUUUAUUAUUUAAGCGAUGAUCAUUUGACAUCGUUGAUAUACUUCCUAAAAAACGUUACUGACGAGAAAAAGGGUGGAGGGAAAGCUUGCCUCAAAAGGAUACACACAUUGUCAAUGGCAAAAACAAACGGUCAAAGAUUAGAUGAAGCUGGUGUAUUUAUUAAUUCAAAGCUAUCUCAGAACGACUGGUCACAUUUAAUUUCCUCUCUAUGCUUGAAAGAAAUGACGCAGCUUAACACCGUGUGUUUGAGCGGAUGCGUCCCGAUGAGGAGUAUUAACAUGGAGCACAUUAUUGGGGAACUGAGUAAUCUGCCAAACCUUCUUGAAUUGGAUCUGUCUGCCAAUAGGACCCUUGCUGGGUCAGGUCUGGGUCAGGCAUGGUCUCACCUGAGGGAAAUCAAAACCCUCAACAAACUGAAACUGCAGUUCUGCGGAUUGGGAAGUGAUGACUUGGAGCCCCUUGCCGUUGGGCUGAGUAAUCUGCCCAACCUUGUUGAAUUGGAUCUGUCUGGCAAUGAGACCCUUGCUGGGUCAGGUUGGUCAUGGUCUCACUUGAGGGAAAUCAAAACCCUCAACAAACUGGAACUGAAUGAAUGCUCAUUGAAAAGUGGUGACUUGGAGCCCAUUGCCGAGGCGCUGAGUAAUCUGCCCAAACUUGUCGAAUUGCGUUUGUGUGGCAAUCGCUCCCUUGCUGGCUCUGGUCGUUCAUGGUCUCACUUGAGGGGAAUCAAAACCCUCAACAAUCUGAACCUGAAUCACUGCUAUUUGAAAAGUGAUGACUUGGAGCCCAUUGCCAAGGCGCUGAGUAAUCUGCCAAACUUUGUUGAAUUGCAUUUGCAUGACAAUAGGACCCUUGAUGGGUCUGGUCAGGCAUGGUCUCACUUGAGGGAAAUCAAAACUCUCAACAAUCUGAACCUGGAUCUCUGCGGAUUGGGAAGUGAUGACUUGGAGCCCAUUGCCGUUGGGCUGAGUAAUCUGCCCAACCUUGUUGAAUUGAAUCUGUCUCUCAAUACGACCCUUGCUGGGUCAGGUCGAUCAUGGUUUCACUUGGGGGAAAUCAAAACCCUCAACAAACUAAUCCUGGGAUUCUGCAGAUUAAAAAGUGAUGACUUGGAGCCCAUUGCAAUUGGGCUGAGUAAUCUGCCCAACCUUGUUGAAUUGGAUCUGUCUCACAAUGAGACCCUUGCUGGGUCAGGUCGAUCAUGGUUUCACUUGGGGGAAAUCAAAACCCUCAACAAACUAAACCUAGGAAGCUGUAGAUUAAAAAGUGAUGACUUGGAGCCCAUUGCAAUUGGGCUGAGUAAUCUGCCCAACCUUGUUGAAUUGGAUCUGUCUCACAAUGAGACCCUUGCUGGGUCUGGUCGGGCAUGGUCUCGCUUAAGGGGAAUCAAAACCCUCAACAAACUAAGCCUGGGAAGCUGUAGAUUAAAAAGUGAUGACUUGGAACCCAUUGCAACUGGGCUGAGUAAUCUGCCCAACCUUGUUGAAUUGGAUCUGCAUGGCAAUGAGACCCUUGCUGGGUCUGGUCGGCCAUGGUCUCGCUUAAGGGGAAUCAAAACCCUCAACAAACUAAACCUGGGAAGCUGUAGAUUUAAACGUGAUGACUUGGAGCCCAUUGCGAUUGGGCUGAGUAAUCUUCCCAACCUUGUUGAAUUGGAUCUGCAUGGCAAUGAGACCCUUGCUGGGUCUGGUCGGCCAUGGUCUCGCUUAAGGGGAAUCAAAACCCUCAACAAACUAAGCCUGGGAAGCUGUAGAUUAAAAAGUGAUGACUUGGAGCCCAUUGCAAUUGGGCUGAGUAAUCUGCCCAACCUUGUUGAAUUGGAUCUGUCUCACAAUGAGACCCUUGCUGGGUCUGGUCGGGCAUGGUCUCGCUUAAGGGGAAUCAAAACCCUCAACAAACUAAGCCUGGGAAGCUGUAGAUUAAAAAGUGAUGACUUGGAACCCAUUGCAACUGGGCUGAGUAAUCUGCCCAACCUUGUUGAAUUGGAUCUGCAUGGCAAUGAGACCCUUGCUGGGUCUGGCCGGCCAUGGUCUCGCUUAAGGGGAAUCAAAACCCUCAACAAACUAAACCUAGGAAGCUGUAGAUUAAAAAGUGAUGACUUGGAGCCCAUUGCAAUUGGGCUGAGUAAUCUGCCCAACCUUGUUGAAUUGGAUCUGUCUCACAAUGAGACCCUUGCUGGGUCUGGUCGGGCAUGGUCUCGCUUAAGGGGAAUCAAAACCCUCAACAAACUAAGCCUGGGAAGCUGUAGAUUAAAAAGUGAUGACUUGGAACCCAUUGCAACUGGGCUGAGUAAUCUGCCCAACCUUGUUGAAUUGGAUCUGCAUGGCAAUGAGACCCUUGCUGGGUCUGGCCGGCCAUGGUCUCGCUUAAGGGGAAUCAAAACCCUCAACAAACUAAACCUGGGAAGCUGUAGAUUAAAACGUGAUGACUUGGAGCCCAUUGCGAUUGGGCUGAGUAAUCUUCCCAACCUUGUUGAAUUGCAUCUGUCUGGCAAUGAGUCCCUUGCUGGGUCAGGUCGUUCAUGGUCUGUCCUGGCAAAAAUCAAGCAUCUUCGAAAGCUUGCUUUGGUACGCUGCGACAUGAUCGCUGACGAUAAGACACAAAUCACCGAAGCACUGAGUCAAAUGACCAACUUGGAAGUGGAAUUUUAA